AUGGCACAAAUGAAGGUGUUGAUCAGCGGCGCCGGUAUAACUGGCAAUGCGCUCGCUUACUGGCUAUCGAAACUAGGCCACGAUGUCACCGUCAUUGAGCGUUUCCCUGAACUUCGAACCACCGGUCUUCAAGUAGACCUACGGGGUCCCGGCAUCAAGGUCUUAAAGCUCAUGGGAUUUGAAGAAGCUUUCCGCGCAAAGUCAGUACCAGAGCAAGGAAUGCUUAUAGUCGACAGCUCAAACAGACGACGUGCCUAUUUCGGAGUGAACAACUCGGGGAAAGGGCGACAGAGCUUCACCACCCAAUACGAGAUCAUGAGAGGUGACCUCUGUCAACUUAUGUACGAUGCUAUCAAAGAAAAAGUCAAUUUUCGCUUCGGAACCUCGAUUGAGAGCUUUAAACAGAAGAACAACUUAGUCGAAGUUCACUUCUCAGACGGCAAAACGGAACAGUUUGAUUUCUUAGUUGGUGCCGACGGCAUGGGUUCAAACACUCGAAAACUGAUGCUGGGACCAGGCGUUCAAGAUGCACUACGCCCUGUAAAGGGUGCUUAUACAGCCUACUUUACAAUCCCUCGUCCUAUUAAGAAAGGAGAAGAGUAUAACUGCACGUUUUAUCUGGCAACAAGGCGACGCGCUAUCAUGACUCGAAGACACACUCCGGAAGAGAUCCAGAUAUAUCUGCCCUGUAAUACUGAAUCGGAGCGAAUGAAGAAGGCUCACCGAGCGGGAGUUGAAGAUCAAAAAAAGGCCUUGGCGGAGAUUUUCCACGAUGCUGGAUGGAACGCAAAAGGUAUCUUGCAAGAUAUGAACGACUCUAAGAACUUCUACUGUGAACGCCUAGGUUUGGUCAAGCUCGACUCUUGGUUCAGUGGUAACGUAGCUCUUGUUGGCGACGCCGCGUACUGUCCUUCGCCACUUACCGGCAUGGGCACUACCUCCGGUCUUGUAGGAGCAUACGUCUUGGCUGGUGAGAUUAGCCGUUAUUGCGGAAAUGCGAAGGGUGGAACUCGAAAACCUACUGAGGGACUGGAUAUGGCGCUUAAAGCUUAUGAUGAUAAAUUUCGACCCUUCAUCGAGCUAGUAACUAAUGGUAUUGGUGACGAUACCAUCUUUUGGAAUAAGAUGGUAUCGUCGUCCUUUGCUGUUGCUAUGGUCAACUUGCUCCUUGGUAUAGCUUCGUUCUUUGGAGUCAAUAUCGGAAACUGGAUCCUACAGGAGAAUACGCAAGGAUGGAAGCUACCCAUUUAUCAUAAUCUUUAA